AAUCCUCUUCACUGCAAAACUCCACUUUCUUCUUAAGGAGCAAAUAACCUGCUGCACAGAGGAUAAACAUUCUCCUGAGGCGUGUUGCUGAUCCGCUGUAACCAUGUGUGACCAGACGUUCGUGGCAGUCAACUUUGGCCCCUGUGAAAGCUGUGGGAACCCUGGCCCGCUGAUGAACAUCUACCUGAACAACGAGCCCAUCAACUACUGCUCCUUCUGUGUGGAGAUGAUGGCCUGUCAGGAGCUCCAGAAAGGAGAAAAUCUUUCGACGCUGAAGAACGAGUGUGAAAGUCUGAAGAAGAAGCUGGAAGAGGAGCGAAAGAAGCUCAGCGACGUGGAGCUGCACCAGGUGGCUGAGAAAGUGGAGGCUGUUGGAGCGCUCAAUAUAAAAACCAGACGCGUGCUGAAGGGUCAUGGGAACAAGGUGCUGUGUAUGGACUGGUGCUCGGACAAACGCCGCCUGGUCAGCUCCUCACAGGAUGGAAAGUUGAUUCUGUGGGAUGGAUUCACUCUUAGUAAGGAACACGGAAUAACCCUGCCGUGCACGUGGGUCAUGGCAUGUGCAUACGCACCCUCAGGCUGUGCUGUAGCAUGUGGCGGACUGGAUAACAAGUGCUCAGUUUACCCACUAUCACUGGACAAAAAUGAGAGCCUGGCUACAAAGAAGAAGUCAGUUGCCAUGCACACCAACUAUCUGUCAGGAUGCAUCUUCGCCAACUCUGACAUGCAGAUCCUAACCUCCAGCGGUGAUGGCACUUGUGCAUUAUGGGAUGUGGAGAGUGCACAGCUGCUGCAGAGUUUCCACGGUCACACAGCUGAUGUUCUGACACUGGACCUCGCUCCAUCUGAGACAGGAAACACUUUUGUGUCUGCAGGUUGCGAUAAAAAGGCCAAUGUAUGGGACAUGCGCUCAGGACAGAACAUCCAAUCCUUUGACAACCAUGAGUCCGACAUCAAUUGUGUAAAGUACUACCCCAGUGGUGAUGCAUUUGCCUCUGCGUCUGAUGAUGCCACAUGCCGUCUAUUUGAUCUGCGCGCUGACCGAGAAGUCGCUGUCUACCAGAAGGACAGCAUCAUAUUUGGUGCUUCCAGUGUGGACUUUUCUCUCAGUGGACGCCUACUUUUUAGUGGUUACAAUGACUACACCAUAAACAUUUGGGACGUGUUGAAGGGGAACCGUGUCUCCAUCCUGUUUGGACACGAGAACCGUGUCAGCAAAGUCAGAGUGUCACCUGACGGCACCGCACUCUGCUCGGCCUCCUGGGACACCACACUACGGAUUUGGGCUUAGCGAAGUCACGGUUCCGGGUGCAGAGGUAAUGACAGCAGGAGCUUUCCAACUUCUGACUGAGAAGGUUUCAUCAUAUCUGGUAUCCUAUUCUGUUAUCAAGUUAUUGAAAAAAUAUUCAUGUAUGCAGAAACAAAAGGAGCAGUGAACAUCAGCAGCAAGUGGUGUCUGUCUCAAAGAACUGAUUAUGAUUGUAAAUGAUGUUCACGGUCGUCUCUUCUUAUAGCUGUUAUAUUGCGUCUUUUCAACUCAUAUAUCAUCUUCAUUAAAUUCCUUAUAUGAAAAAUAAAUAAAUUGUAAGUAUUUUUUAUUGAUUCUACUUUUAGUUACGGAUAUGUUUAAUGAUAAAAGAUUUGUGAUAUUUUUCUGGGGUGAUCAUGAGGUUAAAGUGGGUGAUUUGUGACC